UCCAAACGCUUGUUGAAUAGGCAUGACCAGGAGACAUGGCAAGCGCUGAAGAUGAAUCUCAUAUACUGUUAUAACCGCACGCGUGCUCGCAUCGCUACGCCAUUUGAAAGCCGCUCCACCGCUGUACAUCUGACCGGAGCCACGGGGAAAGCCGCUUGGGACCCAGCCAAAAAUUACAACUGAAAGCAGAAACCCAGCCCUGCUUCGAUUACGCACCGAGAGAGGGAGCACGCUGAUAGUGACAGCGGCACUUCAACAACUAAACUCCUCUGUGAUCAACCGUGCGAUACUUGAUCCGUUUUCUGCCGAGCACCCUCAGAGGAUGUAGACCCCGGCCUGCCGUCUCUGACAUGCUCGCUUUAACCGGACUUGCCGCCGGUGGCUCGACAACGCUGUGUUUGAACAGGCAAUGCCUUCCUCGCGCGUUUUGUGGCGCAAACUACAACAACCGCACGCGCGCGCCAGCGAUUCGUUGCUUUACUUGUCUAUACGUGUGUUGGUAGUUUAAAAUGCCUAGGUUUUUGUUUUAAAUACUUUUGUACGGACGGAAAAGAGCGUGUUCGGCUGGGAGGCGCAAUAAGGAGCUCUAGCUACUCUUCGGCUUCCACGGCAAUACCACGGAGGGGUUUUUUGAUGGAGCUGGAGAAUAUUGUUGCGAACACGGUACUCCUGAAGGCAAGAGAGGGUGGAGGAGGAAAACGGAAAGGAAGAAGUAAAAAAUGGAGGGAGAUCCUUCGUUUCCCUCAUAUCAGUCAGUGCACAGAGUUGAGCAAAACCAUCGAGCGGGACUAUUUCAGCCUGUGUGACAAGCAGCCCAUCGGGAGACUUCUGUUCCGCCUCUACUGUGAGACCCGACCAGAGCUGCAGCGAUGCAUCCAACUCCUGGACGCUAUGGAGGACUACGAGGUGGCACCUGAUGAGAAGAGGAAGAGUCGCGGAGAUGAGAUCAUCAAGAAGUUUCUCACCAAGCAGUCCUCUGAGUGUGUAGAUAUAGCUGAAGGUCUUGCUGAAAGUUGCAGAGAAAAUCUAGAACUGAGCCCCUGCAAGGAGAUCUUCAGUGACUGUCGCAAAGCUCUUCAUGACUACUUAAGUGGUGCUCCUUUUGCUGACUAUCAGAACAGCAUGUACUUCGACCGCUUCCUCCAAUGGAAAAUGCUAGAAAGACAAUCCAUCACAAAAGACACGUUUCGGCAGUAUAGAGUUCUGGGGAAAGGAGGCUUUGGAGAGGUGUGUGCGUGCCAGGUGAGAGCCACAGGUAAAAUGUAUGCCUGUAAAAAGCUGGAGAAGAAAAGGAUAAAGAAGAGGAAGGGGGAGGCCAUGGCUCUAAAUGAGAAACAGAUUCUGGAGAAGGUCAACAGCAGGUUUGUGGUUAGUUUAGCGUACGCGUAUGAGACCAAAGAUGCCCUGUGUCUGGUGCUGACCAUAAUGAACGGUGGUGAUCUGAAGUUUCACAUCUAUAACAUGGGAACCCCAGGCUUCGAGAAGGAGCGUGUGCAGUUCUACGCCGCUGAGAUCUGCUGCGGUCUCAAGCACCUCCACAGAGAGUCUAUCGUCUACAGGGAUUUAAAACCAGAGAAUAUACUAUUAGAUGAUAAUGGUCAUAUCCGGAUCUCAGAUCUGGGGCUGGCCAUUAAAGUGCCUGAUGGAGAACAGAUCCGUGGCCGAGUGGGGACCGUGGGCUACAUGGCUCCAGAGGUGAUCAAUAACGAGCGGUAUAGCAUGAGUCCAGACUGGUGGGGAUUGGGUUGUCUGAUCUAUGAGAUGACCGCCGGCCGAUCGCCUUUCCGCGCUCGCAAAGAGCGAGUGAAGAGGGAAGAGGUGGAGAAGAGGGUGCAGGAGGAAGAGGAGGAGUACAGCGACAAGUUUUCAGAAGACACCAAAGGCAUCUGCAGGAUGCUGUUAGCCAAAGAUCCCAAGCAGCGGCUCGGCUGCCAGGCGGACGGAGCUGCUGGAGUUAAAGCCCACCCUUUCUUCAAGAACAUAAACUUCAAGAGGCUGGAGGCCGGCAUUCUGGAACCUUCCUUUGUGCCUGAUCCCAGGGCGGUCUACUGUAAAGAUGUUCUGGACAUUGAGCAGUUCUCCACUGUUAAGGGUGUCAACCUGGACCAAACAGACAAUGAUUUCUACUCCAAGUUUACCACUGGCAGUGUCUCUAUCCCAUGGCAAAAUGAGAUGAUCGAGACGGAGUGCUUCAGUGACCUUAACGUAUUCGGGCCUCAGGGAACGCGGCCCCCUGACCUGGAUUGGAACCAGCCUCCCGAGCCUCCUCGGCGUAGCCUGCUGGACAGGAUCUUUAGGAGACAUCAUCCAGAGGUGACCAUCGCUCAAAGCCGGGUCUCGUCUUCCAGCGUCAACUCUGUUGACUCCAUGUCAAACUCUGCUCCCUAGUGGACAGAUUGCUUGCUGCGGGACUACAGGGAACAAAAGCGAGUGAGUGAUAAUGAGAGGAAAGAAUGAGAGUGAGGAACUCCUCCUGCCCUUUAAAGACCGGUCGACGGAACGUGAAAGAGCAUUUUCCUUGCCUUGGCCCGCACUAUCCAUCCAUGGCUCGCUGAGAGGACAGGAGACAAAACAAGCUCCCAUUUAAAGACCUUUAUUUAUCCGUUUUGUGACAGAAAGGAGAACAUUUAUUCCUUCAUCUCACGCUCCCUCAGGAUUGCUGGAACAGUAAAGAGCCACUGACAAUUGACAGAAUAUUAACUCAUAUUAUUCAGGGGAUUUUAUCGACAAAGAAAGGCCUCCACAGGGAAUGGGAAGGGGGCUUUUUAAAUGUUCUUUUGCAAAGGAAAGCUAAUAUAGUGAACUUAAGAGACUACACACGCACUCACAAACACACACACUCUCUCAUUUCCUCCUCCAUCCCUCUCGCAAUACCUACCUACCCCUUUUUCUUUCCAUCUACACGUAACACCUCCAACCUCAACCUAAAAUGUGCAUUGCCUUGCAAACUCUCAGGCCAAAGAUAGAGCUUAUUACAAGAAGACAGGUAUUUGAGUAGCUGUUGCCAUAUUUCGCUUCAGAGAGUGACGAAAGGCCUAAAAGCACAAGGAAAUAGGAGCUCUGUGAAGCUGUACAUUGUUUCCUCCCUAUUUAAUUGCCAAAUUAUGUAAUAUCACUGAAAAACAAACUCACUUUGGCAGUUUCAGCCUCUUCCAGUCCACUUAGUUCACCCAAACAUGUACAUUUUGUCAUUAUUUACUCAUCCUCAUCUCUGUCCGAACCUGUAUUGACUUUCCUUUUUCUGGUGAACAUAAAAUAAGAUAUUUUGCAGAAUGUUGGUUUCAAUUCCCAUUGACUGGACUAAAAAAAAACAAUGGAAGUCAAUGGGAACCGAAACUGUUUAGUUACCAACAUUCUUCAAAAUAUCUUCUUUUAUGUUCAACAGAAGAAAGUGAUACAGGAUCGGGAACGACAUGAUGACAAGAAAAGGUCAUUUUUAAGUGGACUGACCAAAGUCCGUUUUCUAAAAUCUCAUCUGCUCUGUGUGUCAGGCACAACUUGGUCUACAAACAUAAGCUAAAGUAUCUCUGUAUGGUCACUUCCUCUGUGCAUAAAGGCCGUUGGCAGUGGUGAAAGGCGGAGCCAUCUGAGUGGGCGUGGCCUUUCUACCAGCAGAUACACAGCCAAUCACAGCACAACAAGUCAGUUGGGGGGAGUCUUUCUCAUCUCAUCACAUUAUUCAUAAGUGGCUCAUUUAACCGAUUUACAAAAAAUUAAAGGACUGAAAGGUUGGUUACUUAAGCUUUCAUAGGUAAUUUGGCGUUAAUUCGAGGAAAUUGCUGGACUCUUUAAUCCGAGCUACUCAGAUUAUGCUGAUGUGGAAAACAGUUUAAAAAUGUGCUAAAUUUGUAUUGUUGCAAGCUCCAAGAGGAGACGGUAUCAACCACCUAAUAAUCAUAAUCACUGCAGGAAUGCCACAUUUGAGCAUUUAUACAUUUUAGGACAGCAGAAUCUUCCAGAUUUGGUGUGUAAAUAUGCCUUCAUUUCAUCCGAUUUCAACCACUACUAGACUGAAAACUGGCAAAACUUCACUUCAGCAUUUACGCACACAUAAUACACCAGACUCAUUCACUUUCAUACCUCAGUGGCUGUUUUCUCUUAUUUAUGCAGUUUCAAACCAGAUGCCAACUGAUAGAAAAACAUUUCAUCCGUCUUUCCCAGCUGUAAAUGUACUCAUUUAAAAAGUGUGCAGGAUUUCAGUUGUAUAGACAUGACGGGAAUCCAAAACGUAUAUCCCGUGCAUAGAGAAUAUGUGAUAGUUUUGUAGUGUUUCUUAAUGAAUGGAUAGUUUUUCAGUAACCAAACAGAGCGAUUCAAGAAGGAACAGAAAACGAAUCUCAACCUCAUAAUCUUGCAUUUACAAUACCAUUCCAAGGUUUUUAUACGCCUCAGCAUUCAUUAGCGCAUCUCAAGACAAAUCAAGUGUAUUAAAAUAGUGACUUGAAGCUAUUUCACGAGUACGUAUGCUAAGUGCCAUGUAAUUUCCAAUCAUUAAGCUGAUGUGUGUUUACCAAACGAUGCAUCAGUUAUGCCAUUAAUUUACCGCGCUAGAAAUGUCCUCUGAAGGUUCAAGUGUAUACUUAGUACAGGUUCUAACAUUUCAGUCUUCUCAUUUGAAAUGUGUGUGAUAACUGGUUAUUGCACUGUAUCAUGACAUGCUACAUAAAUUGCACUGCACACUGCAUGGUCAAUCAACUAUUCAUUGAGUGGGACCAGUGUGUCUGUUGGUUUUGGGGGCUGAUCUGUGUGUAUUGCUACUAGUGCCAUGCUGUUGUUAGCUGUGAUGAUUCAUGGUCAAUUUCAGGUGAAAUUCAGAACUGAUUCUCCUAUUUUUUUUUUUAAAUUGUGGCCAAUGUUAACAGUUUGUUCGGAAGUACUUUAUUUACCAUUACAGCGAAUAGUCCUCAUUUUGCCACUUUGUGUAUCCAAAUUGAGGAAGUCUCAUGUUGCUGAUUUUGUGAAUAUGAAGCAGACUUUUCCCCCAUGUAUGCACAGAUUUAUAUAAUAAUGCAUUAUUAAUAAUACAAGUUUUUCACGAAGAGGGACUGAUGUAAACAGAUAUUAUGUUAUAUCGGCAAGUAAGUGUUGAUUUGAUCUAUGGAAACAUAAAGGAAAGAUUCGCCGCUUUUUUUUCAACACUCAUAAGUCGAUAUGAAAUUUGAGUCACAGUGAACUAGCAUUAUUAGUGUUAUUCGAACAAAAAAGUUGUAAAUUGAAAGCCUGAUGGUUUGAACUUUAAACUUAUCGGUUUAUAUUUCUCCAUUGUCCCUCUGAAGUAAUUUAAUAUCUGUGAAGUUUAGAAAAAUUAUGAACCUUUCCUCGGUCUGAGAGUUAAUGCUUUGCUUAUGUAUAUUUCCUUUAUGUCCUCCAUACAACGUGACAAAUGAACUUGUGUUGACAGUUAUGUAAUUGCUGCAUAAAAGGGAACUUGCCUUUAAAACAAUGACCAAACUAAAAGGGAUCUGAAUUGGUAUUUAUAUGGCAAGUAAAAACUGAAAUUUCUCACUAGAGAAGAUCAGUUUUUGAGGACACGGCUCCUGUUGGAUUCUUUUUUUUCUUCUUGAAGCAAGUUUUAACUACAUUCUGGAAAAAAA